CAGGGCGAAAGUCGGCCACUUCCUGGAGACCACAGGUGUAAGAGCUAGCGCUGUGCUCCAAGCCGGACGGGGCUCCUGAAGCUGACAGGGAAAUCCUUUCAUUCCCAAGACUUCAGGGAAUUUUGGCUUUUCAGGAGACAACUGGGGAACAAACUCAAUCAGGGGUAAUGAGGAAACUGAAUUGGACUCCUGCCUGAUCCCUCACUGUGGUAGGAUGAAUGUGGGGGUGGCACACAGCGAAGUAAACCCCAACACUCGAGUGAUGAAUAGUCGGGGCAUCUGGCUGGCCUACAUCAUCUUGGUAGGACUGCUGCAUGUGGUUCUCCUCAGCAUCCCUUUCUUCAGCAUUCCUGUUGUCUGGACCCUGACCAACGUCAUCCAUAACUUGGCAAUGUAUAUCUUCCUACAUACAGUCAAAGGGACACCCUUUGAGACCCCUGACCAAGGAAAGGCUCGGCUUUUGACACAUUGGGAACAGAUGGACUAUGGACUACAGUUUACCUCCUCACGAAAGUUCCUCAGCAUCUCUCCUAUUGUCCUCUACCUGCUGGCCAGCUUCUACACCAAGUACGACGCUGCUCACUUCCUCGUCAACACUGCCUCACUGCUCAGCGUGCUGCUGCCGAAGCUGCCCCAGUUCCAUGGGGUUCGUCUCUUUGGAAUCAACAAAUACUGAAAGAUAGGUUGAUAGUUCUGCAGGCAUUGAGGGAAGGCACUGGAACAAAUAUAUAAUGUUUUCCCUUCUCUACACUAUCUUCUGUAUCUUGGAAGCCUGAGAGAUAAGAUAAACCUUUCUAAACUCCAAGAAGGAAGAAAUUGGAAAAUGGGGUUCCUGGGCCCAGCCUUCAUAGGGUCAAGAUUCUCUGAAUCAGGAAAGGUGGAUGAGGUUAAGGGCCCUACCACUCUCCUCUAUCUAGCAAGAAGCCAUCAAUGUUUGGGCAGCUUUUCUGGUGAUUAUGUUUUUCCACAUCUUCUAAACCUACCAAUUUCAAGUUCUGUUUUGCUGUAUAUUUUUCUUAAAAUAAAGUCUUUCAGUUAUGGCUGAAAUUUGAUAAGCAA